AUGAUGCUCCCCUUUGUCUUGCUAAUUCUCCUGGGACUGCCAUGGGUGGACACCACCGUCAGCAACACCAGUGUGCUGGACAACAGUACGAGCGGCUUGGACGAUGCCCUCGAGGCUAGGCAAUGGAUUCCUCGUCAGAGAUGCUCUCGUUGCUCAGUGGUAAACACCUUCGCAUGUACAAACGUCCUCACGUGUCCACUGUCCACAAGACGCUGUAUGACAAUUGCCGUACGUGUGAGCCUUCGGAAUCUCUUCGUCUACAAGGACUGCACAGUUGACUGCUCGUUUGUGUAUAAAGAGCAUGUGCCUCCACCUUUGCCAAGGCUGCUUAAAGAUGUCAAGAGCUUCUACUUUGUCCUGUGCUGUGGGGGGGUGCAUUGCAAUGAAGGAGGACCCACUAAUAUGGAGAGGGACUUGUUAACUGAUACGACAAUCGAGGAAGAGGAAAUUGCGAGAGCUGUGCGUCUGGGGCGCUUCAACCUUCUCCUGUGUCUUGCCUUAAUACUCUCCAGCAGCAUACUGACCUGA